AUGGGCACAUAAAAUUUCAAGACCCAACAUGGUGAGAGAAAUGGAAAGUCAGAUUAUAGCAUGUUCUUGAGGCAGGGAGUUCAGAAGAAUUUUUUAAAAACCCUACAAGUUUCAUAUUGAGUGCUGAAUCUUGCAGGGAUUUAACUCACCCAUAGAUGAGGCUUCCUUUGUACCAUCCUACUUAGAAUAGGUUGGUAGAGUAUCACAUGAAGGAUGGUGUGAUGCCCAUUGGAAUUCUGAGAUAAGAAUCCCUCAGUGUCGUAGUUUCAUGAUAAUGUCAAAGGAUGUGUCUGCAAGUCCCAUGUGAAUGGUCUUCUUUUGCUGAGAGAGAGAGAUGUCUGGACUGUUUAGAAAAUGUACCACCUGAUAAUAAAGAUGUCAGAUUGGGGGAACAGUUCUUGGGAAGAUUGAAUUUGAGGGCCAGCCUGUGGAAUUUUUGGAUCCAAACAAGAAAAAUUUAAUUGCUGAAGUUUCAACCAAGGAAGUCAAGGUAUACGGCAAAGGAAAUCCAAUCAAAAUCAUAGCUGUGGACAGUGGACUGAAGCACAAUGCUAUCCGUUUGUUAGUAAAGAGAGGUGCUGAGGUGCAUCUGGUUCCUUGGAAUCAUGAUUUUACCAGGAUGGACUAUGAUGGGCUUUUCAUUUCUGGUGGUCCUGGGGACCCAACCCAAGCACAAGAGCUAAUUGAGAAUGUCAGGAAGGUUCUAGAGAGUGAUCGCCAGGAGCCUUUGUUUGGAAUCGGUCUGGGGAAUCUAAUCACUGGUGUGGCAGCCGGGGCUUCAUCCUUCAAAAUGUCCAUGGCUAACAGAGGGCAGAACCAACCAGUUGUGAACAUGAUAAAUGGACAGGCUUUCAUUACUGCUCAGAAUCAUGGCUAUGCGAUUGACAGCAACUCCCUCCCUCCUGGCUGGAAGCCUCUAUUUGUGAAUGCGAAUGAUCAAACAAAUGAGGGAAUUAUACACGAGACCAAACCGAUUUUUACGGCUCAGUUCUAUCCAGAAGCCAAUCCGGGGCCAACAGACACAGAGUUCUUAUUUGAUUCAUUUAUUUCACUGAUCAAGAAGGGAAAGGGUACCAGCAUUGCUUCGGUGCUGCCCAAGGCCACAGCUGCAACUUCGAGAGUUGAGGUUUCCAAAGUUCUAAUCCUAGGAUCUGGUGGUUUGUCUAUUGGUCAGGCUGGAGAAUUUGAUUAUUCUGGAUCACAGGCUGUCAAGGCCAUGAAGGAGGAAAAUGUGAAAACUGUCCUGAUGAACCCCAACAUUGCCUCAGUUCAGACUAAUGAAGUUGGCCUAAAGCAGGCUGACACGGUUUACUUUCUCCCCAUCACCCCACAUUUUGUUACAGAAGUCAUCAAAGCAGAACGACCAGAUGGCUUAAUUCUUGGUAUGGGUGGGCAGACGGCUCUUAACUGUGGAGUGGAAUUGUUCAAACGUGGUAUUCUGAAGGAGUAUGGAGUGAAGGUCCUGGGAACUUCCGUUGAAUCCAUCAUGGCCACAGAGGACAGGCAGAUGUUUUUAGACAAACUGAAUGAAAUCAAUGAGAAGAUUGCUCCCAGCAUUGCUGUGGACUCGAUAGAAGAUGGUUUGGAAGCAGCAGAAAAAAUUGGCUACCCAGUCAUGAUACGCUCUGCUUAUGCCUUGGGUGGACUAGGAUCAGGUUUAUGUCUUAACAAAGAGCAGCUGCUGGAUCUUGGUACCAAGGCAUUUGCAAUGACCCAUCAAAUUCUCGUGGAGAAAUCAGUAGUAGGAUGGAAAGAGAUUGAGUAUGAAGUUGUGAGAGAUGCAGCUGACAACUGUAUCACUGUCUGCAACAUGGAAAAUGUUGAUGCAAUGGGAGUUCAUACAGGAGAUUCUAUUGUUGUGGCACCCAGCCAAACACUCUCAAAUGAGGAGUUACAGAUGCUACGGGAAUCAACCAUCAAGGUUGUCCGCCACCUAAACAUUGUAGGAGAAUGUAACAUCCAAUAUGCCUUGCAUCCUACCUCUCUGGAGUAUUGCAUCAUUGAAGUUAAUGCUAGGCUCUCUAGAAGCUCUGCCUUAGCAUCAAAGGCCACAGGGUACCCUUUGGCAUUUAUUGCUGCCAAAAUUGCCCUUGGAAUCCCCUUACCAGAAAUUGAGAACGUUGUAUCUGGAAAGACAACUGCUUGUUUUGAACCUAGCCUGGACUAUAUAGUAACCAAAGUACCCCGCUGGGAUCUUGACCGCUUUCAGGGAGCCUCUAACAAGAUUGGUAGCUCUAUGAAGAGCGUUGGUGAGGUCAUGGCUAUUGGGCGCACUUUUGAAGAGAGCUUCCAGAAGGCCUUAAGAAUGUGCCAUCCCUCUGUUGAUGGUUUCACAUCAUGUCUGCCAUUGAACAAAGACUGGCCUGCUAACAUGGAUAUCAGGAAAGAGCUGGCCGAACCCUCCAGCACACGUGUUUAUGCGAUGGCCAAGGCCUUGCAUGACAACAUCUCCGUAGAUGAUAUUCAUAAACUUACCGACAUUGACAAAUGGUUCAUCUAUAAGAUGCGUGAUAUUGUGAAGAUGGAGGAGAACUUGAAAGGACUUAAUAGCCAGUCCAUUCCAGAGGAAAGCCUCAGAAGAGCCAAGCAGAUUGGCUUCUCGGAUAAACAGAUUGGGAAGUGCCUGGGAAUGACUGAAGCACAGAGCAGGGAGCUGAGACUCAAGAAGAACAUAACACCUUGGGUGAAACAGAUUGACACACUGGCAGGAGAAUACCCUGCUAUAACUAAUUACCUCUAUGUCACUUAUAAUGGCCAGGAGCAUGAUGUAAAAUUUGAUGACCAUGGAAUGAUGGUGCUGGGCUGUGGACCGUAUCACAUAGGGAGCAGUGUGGAAUUUGACUGGUGUGCUGUUUCUUGCAUCCGAACACUGCGUCAACUCUGCAAAAAGACAGUUGUAGUAAACUGCAAUCCAGAGACAGUGAGCACUGAUUUUGAUGAGUGUGACAGGUUGUACUUUGACGAACUGUCACUGGAGAGGAUCUUGGACAUCUACCAAGAAGAGGAAUGUGAUGGCUGCAUCAUCUCUGUAGGAGGGCAGAUUCCAAAUAACCUGGCCGUGCCACUUUACAGAAAUGGAGUGAAAAUUAUGGGCACCAACCCGCUACAGAUUGACCGAGCAGAAGACCGUUCUGUCUUCUCAGCUGUUCUCGAUGAACUGCAGGUGGCUCAGGCAUCUUGGAAAGCAGUUAAUUCAUUGGAAGAUGCUGUUGAUUUUGCGAACUUGGCUGGCUACCCGUGCUUGUUGAGACCUUCCUAUGUUUUGAGUGGCUCAGCAAUGAAUGUAGUAUAUACAGAAAAAGAGAUGAAGAAGUUCUUGGCAGAGGCAACAAGAGUUUCCCAGGAACACCCUGUUGUACUCACUAAAUUCAUUAAGGGAGCUCGAGAAGUAGAAAUGGAUGCUGUUGCAAAGGAUGGAAAGGUGAUCUGUCACGCUGUCUCCGAGCAUGUGGAGGAUGCAGGAGUUCACUCUGGAGAUGCCACCUUGAUGUUCCCUGCACAAACGAUUAGCCAAGGAGCCUUGGAGAAGGUGAAAACAGCAACCAGAAAGAUUGCAGAUGCCUUUGCUAUCUCUGGACCAUUCAAUGUUCAAUUUCUUAUCAGGGGAAAUGAUGUCUUGGUGAUAGAGUGCAACCUGCGUGCUUCACGCUCUUUCCCAUUUGUGUCCAAGUCUCUUGGUCUGGAUUUCAUUGAUGUGGCUACGAAAGUGAUGACUGGAGAAAAAAUCCAGGAGUCCACCCUUCCUGCACUGGCAACACCCAUGAUUCCAUCAGACUAUGUGGGCAUCAAGGCUCCAAUGUUCUCCUGGCCCCGUCUAAGAGAUGUUGACCCAGUUCUUCGAUGUGAAAUGGCAUCCACUGGGGAGGUGGCCUGCUUUGGGGGAAACGUUCACUCUGCCUUCCUGAAGGCCAUGCUCUCUACGGGAUUUAAGUUGCCGCAGAAGGGAAUUCUGCUCGGAAUCCAGCAUUCCUUCCGUCCCAAAUUCCUUGAGGAAGCAGAGCAGCUGCACAGUCAUGGCUUUAAGCUGUAUGCUACAGAAGCAACUUCUCACUGGCUAAAUGCCAACGGGAUACCUGCAUCUGCUGUUGCAUGGCCAUCCCAGGAAAGCAGGAACCCUGCACACCUUCCAGUCAGACAGCUCAUGAAAGAUGGGAGCAUAGACUUGGUAAUUAACCUCUCCAAUAACAACACAAGGUUUGUCCAUGACAAUUAUCUGAUCCGCAGGACAGCUGUCGACAGUGGACUCUCUCUCCUUACUAAUUUGCAGGUGGCAAAACUCUUUACUGAGGCUAUCAAGCACUCUGGAAAAUUGGACUAUAAAAGCCUCUUCCAUUACAGGCGAUUCAAUGCCAGCACUGCAACAUAGAACAGCUCACUGGCAUGUCCUCCUACUACUGAAGUGAGAAUUCCAUUCCUGACUGACAUGUCUACCCCAUUCUGUACAUCGUAACUCCAGUGAAUGUCUUUGCAUCAAGUUUUUUAUCGCCAUCUUCUGCUUUAGUGAUAUCACUACACUUUUGUAACCCCUGCAUGUUCCAAAUGACAGAUUGUUGAAAAUUGUGUGUCUUUUUGCAGAAGUCUUCUGUGUGCUUACUUGGAAGUGUCUCAUUGAUUUCAGUAGGACUUACUUCUGAGUACACAUGCAUAGAAUCAGUAGUAGGAUGGAAACCCAAAGAAUUCUGAAAUACUUAAAAUGUGAACAAAUUAAAAAAAAGUACCUGUUCUAA